ACGCAUGCGCGCUAGCGCCGCCCUCCAGCCCUCACCGCCGCAGGGACCGGCGCAACGCCGCCAUCAAACUCCCACAGCUCAGGCGGGCGCGCGCACGCCGCCGUCUUACGUCGUGGCGAGCGAGGCCGCACGGCUUCGUCCAAGGGGGCGGGGCUGUCAGUCAACGUGCACCAGCUGCUGAGACUAUAAGCGGAAAAAGUUAAUUUAUGAGUGCGAGGUCGUCCCUGUCGUACACAAAUGAAGAGAGACUGCUACUGGAGGGAAUGGCCGCCUCCUCGUCUUCGUCUUCAGCUGGUGGGGUCAGUGGAAGCUCUGUCACCGGAUCUGGUUUCAGUGUGUCCGACCUUGCCCCACCGCGGAAAGCCCUGUUCACCUACCCGAAAGGAGCUGGAGAGAUGUUAGAAGAUGGCUCCGAGCGAUUCCUCUGUGAGUCGGUGUUUAGCUAUCAAGUGGCGUCCACACUUAAACAGGUGAAGCAUGAUCAGCAAGUCGCUCGGAUGGAAAAACUGGCUGGUCUGGUGGAAGAGCUGGAGGCCGAUGAGUGGCGGUUUAAACCCAUCGAGCAGCUGCUGGGGUUCACACCCUCCUCGGGCUGAUGUUGCCUGCACGACCACCCUUAGGGCAUAGCCACCCAGGGAGUCACAGCCAUCCUGUGAGCUGCAUGUCUGAAUCCACAUCCAUACUUGGUUCCUCUGAUUCUGUUAAUAGGCAACGAGUGCUCAUGUGAGAUGUUGUGGAGAAGUUUUUCCCAUUCAUGUUCUUUAAAGCAUUGGGCAGCACUUGGGAAGCAGAGGCAGGAGGAUUUCUGUGAGAUUGAGGCUAGCCUGGUCUACAUAGAGUUCCAGGACAGCCAGGGCUAUGUAGGGGGACCCUGUCUCAAUAAAUAAAUAAAUAAAUAAAUAAAUAAAUAAAUAAAUAAAUAAAUAAAUAAAAGGAAGUAUUGGGGAUCAGAUGAAGAUAGUCCUUUCAGAGUACCAGGGGGCUUGGGAUCUAGGAAACAUUUAUUCUCACAAGCCACGUGGACACAUGCCAGAGUCAGCCAACUGAAUGAAGAAUGUCCUGUCAUUCAGAGGGUGUCUGGAAGCUUUCACCAGCCAAGCCCAAGGUCAGCAUCUGUCGUGUCAUGGUCGCAACCCAAACAUUUCUCUUCACACAUGAAUGUGAUUUCAGCUCAGGGUCCGCCCAGAUGGGAAUUGUAAAGUGUCCUUUUCCUCUCUAUUCUUAGACAUUUACUAUUACAGAUUAUUUCUCUUACCUCUUACAACAUGCCAAAUGGUGCUACUCCACCCCAUCUCUGUCCCCCAAAAUUGCUUUUUGAAUGUUGUAGCACUUGAAAAUAUGAAGUGACCUAAAUCCUUUUGGACCCAGAGUCCUAGUGCAGCUUACAGGGUAUGAAAGCAGUUCUAUAGCAAGUGAACCCUGACAUGAGUUCCAGGUUGGUGCACUCACCCUUUCAGGCCUGGGGACUUAGACAGGAGAGGUCGGUUAGCUGUUCCUUAGACUUGGAAGUCACUUAAGUAAACCAUUUGCCGUGAGCUGUUUGCUUGUAUAGAAGUUCCAACUUACUGCUACCUCAGUGGGUGUGGCGGUGGGCUGUUUGUUGGUUAGUUCAUUUGUUUGGAACCUUGUCUUUCAGUAGCUAUGCUGGCCUUAAACUCAUAGCCAUCCUCCUGCCUCAGCCUACUAAGUGUAAGAAUUACCCUCCUCUCUUCACUGGGUUUUUACACGAAGAGAAAAGCCUGGACGUCCCUCGUCAUGGGACCCACACUGCACAAUUAGGAUUGUAUACUCUUUUACAUACAGAUUUACCCUGGCAGCAUUUAACUUUCUGCUCAUUAGUUAAUAACUUACACCUGAUCUGAUUAGAGUUGCUUAAUUAUAAAUAAAUUUAAUCCUAGUAGCAAUUGGCCUUAAUCUCAAGAGUUGAAACUAUUUAACACACAGUCGCUGCUAGGGAGGAGCUGGCCUCAUUUACUUGGGAAAGUCUAGGCCAGUGAAGAGAAACUGCUGCUCAGGGCCGCAGAGCUCAGGUGGAGGACAGCCCUGUAAGUGGGAGUGGGGAAAAAUUGAUCCAUCAUGGAGCCCACUGUUCUGGUCUGAAGUAAACCAGAGCUUGAGAAGUACCAGCCCCAGGCUCACGGUCUCCCUGUUCUUCUCCACCACUGUGGUGGAAGCCCCAUGCCCAGCUGCUUCCCUAGAGGAGAGUUGAAUACCCAGGUGCAGCCCAUGGUCAGGCUUUCCCUGUGGAGAGAAGCAGCGACCAGACUCUCACCUCCCUUCGCCCACUGGUACUUGGACUUACUACAGAGUACUUCCUCGUUUAAGUUGAGCAUUUCUUGAUACAACCGUGAACAUUAGAAACCAGGCUUGGUAGCACACACCUGUAAGGCUAGCACUUGGGAGGUGAGAGUAGAAGAACUAGGAUUUCAUAGCCAGCCUGGGCUACACAAGACCUUAGAGAGAAGCUAGAUUGAGUGGGUAAUGGAAGAGAAGACAGAGAGAUAGAGAGAGAUUAAAGAACCACAGGUUUCCAACCUUUGAAUGUUUGCCAUGACUCAUUCAGCGGUGUCACAAGCCCUCCCAACAGGGCGCUGGCUACUUUGUAAAGGUGUGCUCCAGCUCUGCUCCUUUUAUUGGCCGUUGUCUCUCAUCCACAGUUCUGCCAUGCUUUGGGCUAGGAAAUGGACUGUCUAACUCAUCUCUCAUCUGUGUACUUACUAUGUGCCAGUAAUUACCAGGCCUUAAUUAGCCCUUUCUAUAGCAUAUAAGCUAAAUAAUACCCCACACAUACAGUGGAAGAAGAACAUGAGGUCCAGAGCAAGCUGCAGAGCCCAGACUCUUGGAGUCUCCAUUUUUAACUAUGCAUGUAAUUAUUUAGUCUGAACAUUAAAAUGCAGGGUUAGGGAGCUAGAGAGAUGGCUCAGUGAUGUGGAGCGCUUGUUCUUGCAGAAACAUGGGUUUCAUUCCCAGUACCCACAUGGUAAAUCACAACCAUCUAAAACUCCAUUUCCGGGGCUUCCAAUAACUGCCUCCUCAGGCAUCCUGACCUCUUCAGGCAUCAAGCACAAAUGUGGUGCACAUUCAUACAUGCAUUUAAAACAGAUCUUUAACAACAGCAACAUUAAUAGUAAAGAACAGAUACUAAUGUGGGAGUUGGAUUUAUGGUCUCACCCAAAUUGGCCCCAGACUUCUGCGCUUACGUGAUCUUCCUCUUUCACCUCCCAAGUAGCUGGUACUUAUAGAUGUGUGCAGCCAUGUCAGCUAGAAGCGCAGAGUUCCCCUGAUGGACAAAUUCUAGUACUGUGGGUGGUGUAUGUAUACGUACACGUAUCUGUGUGUGCCUGUGAAGGCCAGAGGCUGGCCCCGGGUGCCUUCCCAGGCACUCUCCACCUUUCCUUUUGAGAUAGGUUCUCUGUCUGCCUCCCCUGUACUGGGAUUGCAGACACACUCUACUGCCGUUCCUAGCUUUG